CAAAACAAAUCAGUUUAUGCUUUCACUCGCGGUAAGAUGCACGUCGGACGUUACCGGGAUUUCCAUAUUUAAAAAUUACGUGUUUUUAUUUGAAACUGUAUGCGUACUCGUACUCUAUGUUUCAUGGUUGACUAAAAUGUGUUUCUAUUGCUCACUCUAAGUUAGAAUAGUUUUAAAGUUCGUAAGUUUUGGUGAUGCAAGUGAAAAUGAAUGGUAAAAAGCAUAGUGGAACGGGGACUUUCUCGUCCGACGGCAUGAGAGCCGAAAUUUUGAAUCCGUUUGUACACAAAUUGGAAUUAGACAACACCUACGAUAAAAUAAGGACGGCGAUCUUCACGGUGAUCCUCUUGCCAUUCCGAGUGAUUGUGAUAUGCUACCUGAUCGUGACAGCAUGGUUCCUUGCGUGUAUCGGCUUGUACGGUCUGAGCGAGGAGGACCUGAGGAGCAAACCUAUGACUGGAUGGAGAAGCAAACUCCGUUUCUACAUUCUAUCUCUUAUGAGGUUGGUGGUGGUCGCGGCUGGUUUCCACCGCGUCAAGGUGGUGGGUCAGGAGCAUAAGGCCAAAGGACGUGAAGCCCCCGUGAUAGUGAUAGCGCCGCAUUCGAGUUUCUUUGACGCCAUCGCCAUAGUCUGCCUUGGCGCGCCCAGUGUUGUCGCCAAGGCGGACACCGCGCGACUGCCGUUCAUUGGACAAUUGAUAAACUACACUCAACCUGUAUACGUGUGGCGAGAUGACCCCAACUCCCGUCAGAACACCAUCAAGGAAAUCAUUGAACGAGCCACUUCGAAGGAGGAUUGGCCACAGGUGCUAAUAUUCCCAGAAGGUACGUGCACGAACCGUUCUUGCCUCAUCACGUUCAAGCCGGGUGGAUUCUACCCGGGCGUGCCUGUACAGCCCGUGGUGAUUCGCUACCCGAACGCUAAGGACACCGUCACUUGGACGUGGGAGGGACCUGGCGCUCUAAAACUGCUCUGGCUGACGCUCACCCAAGUGCACAGUUCGUGCGAGAUCGAGUUCCUCCCGGUGUACUACCCCACUGAGGAAGAGAAGAAGAACCCGAAAUUAUAUGCGAGGAACGUUCGAGAUGUUAUGGCUAAAGCUCUCGGUAUCCCAGUGCUUGAUUACACAUACGACGACUGCCGAUUGAUUGCUAAAGCGAAGCAGCUUGGUAUACCAUCUGCUGCUUUUAUACGAGAAAUCACUGAACUACGAACUCAACUCAAGCUGGACUGCACAAACCUAGAAAUGGAGUUGAUAAACGACGAAGGUCUGCAGAGCACAACGCGCUGGCUCAACCGGGAGCAGUUCGCGCUGCGGCUGCGCUUGGGGCAAGUGGACGCGCCGCUCACCAGACUGUAUCAUAUCUUUGUGCAAAACCCGAUCGGUAUGGUGCACUUCCCGGACUAUUUGCUCACGGCUGCAUUCAUCAUACUGCAAAAUGGACCGCUAUCACAGUUCGUGUACUAUGCAUUUAAGAUCUUUGACCCAAUAGGCUCCGGUCGUCUAGACAUGAACACAUUUGAACAAGUUGCGUCCCGUUGCUUCGGUCAUAAUCCUGAAGAGGCACAUAAUGUAUUCCGCCAUAUUGUUGGCGAUGAAAAGGGACAUUUGACUUAUGAACAAUUCAUCGCCUACGCUCAGUUCAAACCGGAAUUCAGCUACCUGUUCGCUCAGGAAACCGCUCAAAAGACGAAAGUCCAGUGAGAUUCGCAUAUUCCCACCGUUUGCAGCGAAGUGCCAUAAAUUGACACUUUGAGGUGGGACAUUGGGACUUCAGCCUGUUGGGACCUUCAGACUUCAGUCUGAUGGGACUUUCGGACUUUAGUUUGUUGAGACUUUGGACUUAAGUCGUUUGGGACUUACAGACUUUAGUCUGUUAAUAAUUCGUACCCAAUUCGUUUGGGACGUAUGCACUAUAGUCUGUUUGUACUUGCGGACUUAGCGUCUAGUUUUGAUAAUGACUGCAAAAUGGGACUUUGAAUUAUUGGUGUCUUAAGCUAAGUGAAAUUUAUGGACUUUGACUUGAAGUAGUUUAUCUACUAAAUAGAUAAAUGUCAUCUUAAACGCCUAUUUAAGUAAUAUAGAAAAUCAUAUUAUGUAGGUCCUUUUUAGUAGCAUUAUGAUGCAUUUCUUUAAAAAACAUUAUAGUGUUUAAAUAAGGAUGCAAUAUAAGUCAAAUUAGGAAUAUAUUGCUCAAUUUCUAGAUUUACUUCUGUACUUAGGUUGUAUUUUACAUAAUACCUGAGUAUAUAUAUGUCAGCUCUAAUCGCAGUAUUGAAAAUUAUUUGUAGUCAUAGGACUUUAGAUAACUUAGUAUGUAUGUACUUUCAAUUACUUUUAGUAAUGUCAUCUAGGAGUAGAAAAUUAGGCAAUUUUAAAGUACACUUUAUACUAUAAUUUUACAUAAGUGAUGAUAUUUUAGUUUAUAGUGUGGACAAUAUUAUAGUUCAAGUACCAGUAUUUCUGUGUAUUAAAGUAGUUGUUUAUAGUUAAUAAAUGGACAAUUUAUUAGUAAUUAUUGUAGUAGAGUGGUAAACGCCUCGAUAUCUCACUCAGAAUAUUAGUGUAACUUAUAGUGCAUAGUGUAGUAUUAUAGUGUUAUUUUAAUGUCAAUUGGUAUAUUUAGAGUGCAACUCUAACACACAGUUGUCUAACAUUAGAAAAAUAUUAUUAAAUAAUUAUGGACAGUAGCAAUUAUCAUUAUAAACUUCAUUUGAUUUACAGUGAUUACUAAAAAGUAGUUUUAGUGUGAUACAUCAAAAUUUAUAGUACAUUAGUGUUUAGAUGACACUAUAAAAUUCUGGGACACUAUAAUGUGUGAUACUUUAUAGUUCAAGUGAAAGCAAAGUGUUUAAAUCAGUUUAUAGUGCAUAGUACAACUUUAAGCCAAGCUAUAAGUGAUUGUGGAAUUAAGUUAAUAAAAAGUAUUUGUAUUAAUAAUAUUAAAAUUCUUCACCAUCGUCCAUCCGAUUUUAGAAAAAAAAUUGUGAAUC